CCGAUACCCUUGACGCAAAAGCUUGGAGACUGAUGAUGUCCCCCCAAAGCGGAUAGGCGACAGGUGAGAAUAUUCCAUGUGCUUUUCCUCUCUCUCCCACAGGGCUGCUUGCGUCGGGACCGGGGGGUGAGGUUCAGACUUCACUCCUCGCUUUGCAGGGGUAUGCAUCUCGUGCCUUCCUGGGAACUUUUCUUACUGCUAAAAGCAUCCUGGCUGUAUCCGUCCGUAGGAGGAAGACAUCAAGAGUGUCUUUCGGUACGUAACUGCCUACGGCCUUUGGCCUGCCCCUCCCCCCUCCUUCCAUCACAGUCGACACCUAGGUAUUCCAUAGACAUUCGAGCUUGCACUGGACAGCAGAAUGUGCGGGUAGGAAACGCCGAGCAUCUAGUAUAGAAAGGCAGCUAGCUGGACAUCAUAUGAGCUGACAGGUGGCAGAUGAGGUGGCAGCUGGCGGGUACUUUUCCGAGGCCUUUGACUGCAGUGUUUGAAGAUUGGUGUCGGCGCGGGCGCUCGCAAUGUUACGCUACGGAUACCGGGUACAGGAGAUGAAUAAUGGUGGUGGUGGUGAUGGUGGUGAUGAUGAUGAUGAUGCUGAUACUGGGGCAUGAUGAAAGUGCGCUUCGCGGCUAAACCAUCUUGGGAACGC